AUGGCUCUGGUCGAGUACUCUGAUUCGGACUCCGAUUCCGAAGCACCUGUCCAGCCGACUGCAGCGCCAACAGCACCUGGACCCAACUCGAAGAAGCCCUUCCAGAAAGUCGUCAACCGCGCCAACCCCGGAAAGAUUGUCGUCAACCUCCCUCAAACAAAGCGCCAAGACGUUGCCUCGGCCGAUGAUGGCCCUCCAGCGAAGCGCACCAAGACUGGUGGCGGCGGCGGCGGUCUGUUUGCCGGCUUCAGCUCGCUGCUGCCAGCGCCCAAGAACGCCGCGAAAAGACCGUCUGCGUUGAGCAGCAGCAGCAGCAGCAGCAGCUCGUCGCGGCCUGUCUUUCAGCUCAAGACGAGCGCCGAAGCUGGCUUCAGUCGCGACAGCCCGAGUGCAGAUCCUGGCGGGGAGGGUCAGGGUUCGGGCCUUUCGCUGCCGCCACCCAAGACGGCGCCUCAACCAUCCAUACCGGAGACGAUGAAGCCUGAAGAGGAGGUCAAGCUGGUCGGCAAACCCAUGAUGUUUCGGCCAUUAUCAGUUGCCAGGAACAAGAAGAAGUCGGCCAAAAAGCUGCCCCAACCGGCAGCAGCAGCAGCAGCAGUGCCUUUGCCGGCCGCUGCAGCACCAUCUGCAGAGGAGGCCAAGGACGCUGGGCCGGCGCCGCCACCGAAGAAGAUAUCCCUCUUCUCCCUCGACAGCGAACCGGAACCCGCCCCGGCUCCGAGCACGACGUCAGCGUCAGGAGCCUAUGAACCUCUCUUCCAGACCGAGGCCGCCGCGCGUGCGUACAAUCCAUACCUAGACGAGGCUGAGCCCUACGCAAACCACCCGGCACCGACGACGGCGCCCACGUCCGACAAGGAAUCGCUGCACACGAUUGCAAACGACCUCAACCUCUCGGCCGCCGAGCGCCGCGAGCUCUUUGGCCGUGGCGGCCCGAGCAACCCCCAGGGUGCCGCAGCCACGAGGGUCAUCAACUUCAACACGGACCAGGAGUACCAGCACAACGAGGAUCUGCGCGCCUCGGGCCAGGAGCAGACUCACAACCCCGUGCGCUCCAUCGCGCCAGGCAAGCACAACCUCCGGCAGCUCGUCAAUGCUGUGCAGAACAACCGCGAUGCGCUCGAGGAGAGCUUCGCCAAGGGCAAGAGCAAUCGCAAGGACGCGUCGAGCCGGUACGGAUGGUAG